UCAAAGUGUGCUUUGCUGCAACAAGCAUGUUCUGAGUGUUUUUCGUUUUGCUCCGUUUUGUUCGCGUACACAUGUGGGAUUCAUUUUUAUAUAUCCAAAAAUGAAGGUAAAACCGGAAAGCAAAAGUGGCAAGUUGCUCGACAAAACGGUAUUCACGUUUUUCGAAAAACUUAUUAAUAACGACGAAAAUAUACGCAUCCGAGGUGCGUACGAAUUGAUGCAUUUUUUAUCGAUUUCUACCGAUGAAAAUGGCAAGGACAAGCACGAAAAGGAACGAGCUUACGCGCUUAAGCGAUUGAUCCGUGGUGUCGGUUCCAACAAUCACACAUCCAGGGCGGGGUUCUUCACGGCACUGGUUGGUUACUUGGAACAUGUAAAGCAAAGCCAAUAUUGCCCAUCAAUUACGGAAAUUUUUAAAUUAGUCAAGUCGGAACUAUCAGAUACUGAUAAGGAGGAAGAUGAUAAUAAGCAAAAUAAACUGGAACUGCGAGUAGGAAAAGUAUCUGUAUGUGGCGCAAUUGUCAGCUCCGGAUUAAUAGAGCAUGCCUCCGACAUGGAGCUUCAGACGGUGGUAAAAACUCUGAGGAAAGGAAUGCACAAAAUGGUAAUGCCAUUGGCAAUUAUGUAUCUUAGCGAGCUUGUUCAAAAGAUCGACUCUAAACAGUUUACGAAAGUACUUUGGCCUGUAGUUGAGCCUAAGGUGAAUCUGCCGAAAGAAGAACAUACAAUGGAUACCAUUUAUUUUCUCUUAACUGCUUCUUCAGUCCAUAAGAAGUCCUUUAAAAAGUUUUUUGAGAACACCUUUGAUGCUCCAAAUUUGAUAGACGAGGGGAAUUAUGAGUAUCUCGCGAAUCUACUAUGGGAUAUCAAAAACACUGUGACAAUUAAUCAUCCACUGUAUGACUUUCUAAUCGAGAAGCUGGUAAAGCAGAAUCAAGUUGGUGUGUUCUGGUCCCGCGGCGUGGACCCUAUUCUUGUGGAUGAAGGGACCACACAUAAAUUCAAGGAUAUUGUGGCACUGAGGAUACUGAUUACAAUCCUAGGAAAAUUGGAGGAUUAUUCAUCUGUUCCUGAUCUGUUGAGCGUUGCCUUGCUGGAGAUGGUAAUGAAGAGUGUAAAAAUGUUCAAUCAACUCAGCGAAGAUGUACGGAACUUAUAUCAGGAGGCAUUCGAAUGCCUAAACAAGUGCUACCCCCAGAUCACUGAUGAGCAAAUCAAACUGCACAUCUUUCAAAAAUUGGUUACUCCUCCAAGUAGUAUAUUGAUCGAGAAGUAUGCAUCUAACAAAAUCAUUCAAAAUUUGUUAGUUACCAUGAACGGCGCAAGUGUGAAAAAAGCGGCCAACAUUCUAAAACAACUUAUCCUGGCGAUCGAUCGUCCAGAAGUACUAAACUCUGAAAGGAUUUAUGCUGCACAGGCUUUGCAAAAAUUGCUCCUGAAUCGACAUGUUGUCACAGAAAUCGAAUGGCGAACAAAUAUUGUGAAGUUUUUCCUAAACUUGGGGCUUUUUUAUUCAUCAGAUGGCGUAAAAAUCAUCAAGAGCAGUAAACAUUAUUCUGCUGCCAUAGCGGCAGAAUUAGUCCCAGCUAUGAAAUCGACAUUCUUCCAUUGCCUUGAGCAACGUCAUACAAAACUGUCAGAAGAGAAAUCAUUCCUGUUGACGAUAGUUGAACACGUGCAAGAUACAUUGCAAAACGUGGGAUGUUUGCGAGUAUCACUUACCGAAGAACACUUGGAGAACUGGAGUCGUAUGUAUGCUGUCAUCAACUCGAAGAAAAAUAAGGACAAGAAAUUGAAUGAUGUUUUCCACAUUCUUCUGAUGUACAUGGGACUCCACCUGUUCAGUGACCCAGAGUUGGCCACCAGUGCUAUUGCCGAAUUGGAAAGCGUUAUGAAGCGAUUAAGAAGAAAAAAAGCAAGUUCCAAUAUGGAAAUCGACCAAAAUGGAAAUAAUGGUGAGCCAGAAUGGAUAGAAGUGGUAGUUGACUUGUUCCUGAACUUGUUGUCUCAAAACUCACACUUGCUGCGGCAAGUUAUCGGACAUAUCUUUCCGCAUCUGUCGAACGAACUAACGCUUACGGCAUUCAACCAAAUCUUGUCGGUUAUUAAUCUGAAAGAUAAAACCAACCCGUUGACUGCUGACGCAGAGGUCGCUGACGGAGCAAGUAUCGACGAGAUGGAUGAUGAUGACGAGAACGAUGAAAUCGUGUCCGAUGAAAAUGAAUCAGACGAUGCCAGCACUGAAAAUGAAAGUAAUGAUGAAGAAGCUGAACAAUUAUCCGGGGAUGAUGAAAACGAUAAGCUUACGGAUGAGAUGCGCAUGGCUAUUCAAGCGGCCUUAGGACGCGCUAAUCCGGAAACUGAAACCCAAUCGGCAGAUCUCGACAGCAUGGGAGAAGAAGAAGGUAGUGAACUUGACAAAGCCUUAGCGGCAGCAUUCAACAUGUACAAAAAGUUAAAGACGUCGACGAAAGCAGAGGAAAGGGUAGAGCCAACGUUUACUAAUUUUUGGAUGCGUAUGUUCGACGACGGAGCAAGUAUCGACGAGAUAGAUGAUGAUUACGUGAACGAUGAAAUCGAGUCCGAUGAAAAUGAAUCAGACGAUGCCAGCACUGAAAAUGAUAGAAAGGAUGAAGAAGCUGAACAAUUAUCCGGGGAUGAUGAAAACGAUAAGCUUACGGAUGAGAUGCGCAUGGCUAUUCAAGCGGCCUUAGGACGCGCUAAUCCGGAAACUGAAACCGAAUCGGCAGAUCUCGACAGCAUGGGAGAAGAAGAAGGUAGUGAACUUGACAAAGCUUUAGCGGCAGCAUUUAACAUGUACAAAAAGUUAAAGAAGACGUCGACGGAAGCAGAGGAAAGGGUAGAGCCAACGUUUAAUAAUUUUUGGAUGCGUAUGUUCGACGAUGGAGCAAGUAUCGACGAGAUAGAUGAUGAUUACGAGAACGAUGAAAUCGUGUCCGAUGAAAAUGAAUCAGACGAUGCCAGCACUGGAAAUGAGAGUAAUGAUGAAGAAGCCGAACAAUUCUCCGGGGAUGACGAAGAUGAUAAGGUUACGGAUAAGAUGCGCAUGGCUAUUCAAGCGGCUUUAGGAGGUGCUAAUCCGGAAACUGACACCGAAUCGGUAGAUCUCGACAACAUGGGAGAGGAAGAAGGUCGUAAACUUGACGAAGCCCUAGCGGCAGCAUUUACCAUGUACAAACAGUCAAAGAAGACUAAGUCGACGAAAGCAGAGGAAAGGGUAGAGACGACGCUUACUCAUUUUCGGAUGCGUGUGUUCGACCUAAUCGAUGUGUAUCUGAAGAAUGGCCCAAAUAUGAUCAUAUGCUUAGAGUUAAUGCUAUACAUAUUUGAAAUGCUGCCAAUCGCUAUAAAAGAAACCAAGCAUAAACAAAUUCUCGGUCGGUAUCGCCAAAUUUUCAAUAGCUUGGUGAAAAUAAAACAUUUUAACGUGGACAUCAAAGAUGUAUCAGCUGACCAACUACCUCAGAUUCUUACCGACUUAAUGGAAAAAGUAGCCAAGGGUUCGUCAUUCCCAGAAAAAAAUCAAUACAUUUUGAAGGCAUGCCAAUUUAUUGUCAUCUGUUCCCAAUUGACAGAAAAACAUGCUGAAUAUAACGUAUCCGCCAAUAUCGACAAAGUAUUCGGAAAAUAUCUGAAUGAAUUUGUCGCCGAGAGAAAUCCUGCUCUUACGUUAAAUGUUUUCCAGAUGUUAUUUCGAAUGAAUUGGUCAGGGAACUGGCAUAUGGCAAAAACUAUAACAGAUAAUGGCCUGAUAAAAGAGAUAAGAGCUGUGCGUAAAGCGCAAUCUCUUUCAUUAUUGCGUGAAUUCGUGAAAAAUAGAAGGUUCAUCAACUCCGAUUUGCAUAAGACUCAAGACAUGCUUAAAUCUAUUAUUGCAAGGCUAAACUCCUACAUGCGAGAAGCGCAUUCCACUACGAUGUCCCAAAAUGAGUUUAGUGAGCUGACUCAGUUAUUGCUUGCAAUACUUGAUCUAGAGAAACAAUAUCUGGAUGCUGAAUGUGUUUCGUUGAAACAAAUCGGGGAAAAUAUGCAGAAGCUUCGCAAAUCAAAUUUAAGUUCACAAGUAAUGAAUCAUUACUUGCGGUUUUGCAAAUUGUUGCAGCUAGAACCUAUUAAGAAUAGUCAACACGCCCUACAAAAUGGCAAAGAUUCAAAAGCUAACGGCAAAUCAACUAUCCAGAGUGACUUAAAAGAAGAAGAAGAAGAAGUAUCCAGUCAGAGUGAUGCUGAAGAGAAGAAAGCAAAUGGCGGUGUAAAGCGGAAAAUGAAGAGCAACUCCCAACACCAGAAACGACUGAAGAAAGUGGAACGAUUGAAGGCUGCCUCGCAAGGUUUGGAGUCAGUGUCUUUUAUGAAUGUUAAUUAAAGUUGAGCAUAUAUGGAAGUCUGUAGAUAAUGCCAAUAAAAAUUAAAAAAUGACUUGUUUUCAUUUCUA